UGUAGAUGUAAUAGAAUGACAACAACCAUCUGAGGGUGAUUGUGUCAUGUCAUAGUCAUCUCUCCUCACCUUAAUUAACAACCUAUUACCUAUCAACACCUUCAACUAUAUGGCCUGGAGUAGUAUAUAACAGGAAGUUAAUGCUAGAUCAGGCAUAAUGUGGAGUUUCGAGGGGGACUAUCGCCGGAAGCCGCAGCAGAGGUUGGGCGGUGCCAGCAGAACACGGAACAUAGAGCGCUUGGAGCUCCUCAGCCAACUGAAAAAUGACAGAGAAGAACGAGAGCGACAGAGAAGAAGAGAGGCAGCUGUACUAACCAUACAAUCAUGGACGAGGGGGAUGUUGAGUCAGAAGCGAACUAAGCGAGAUCUUCGUCUACAAUGUGAUAGUGAACUAGCGUUGGCCAAAGUCCAGGGAAUAACUGAAGCUUCGGCCAUAAGAUUGAUUGCCUUACUUAUUAGAAUAUUUAAUGCUAAAGAAGACUGUGGGAGAUUACUUUUGGUGUGUCAGUUGGUAGUACGAGAACAGCGGCACCUGUCAGAGUGGGUAUAUGGGUCAUUACCUCGGUGGAUGUACCUCCUGCCUCGGCUGGCUAACAUGGCUCUACAAGUGGUCACUUACUCAACUAAUGGAGAGAACACAGUGUCUCAUGCUUCUCCACUGCGGCUGUUGGAGAUCAUCAUGGCUCCGGACAGCUGGGCCAGCCAACUCUCCAAUGCUAACCAACAACUCUUCCUGUGUGCUCUGUACACACACCUGAUUAAUCGAGGUUAUUAUCAACAAAUGGUUCAGCUGAUAGUCUCUCGUAUCCCCGAGGUGUACGAGUCUUCAGAGAAUCCCCCAACUCCUCUUGCUGAGUCGCUCCUGCACCUGCUGAUGAAGCCACUUACCUUUGCUUCUGCUGUCAAUGACUCAACACUAUUGACUUCUGUGAUACAUGAGCUGUGCCAAGAUGUAUUUGGUGGGGCUGCCCAUAGUCAGAUAUGUAACUUCGUCAUCCCCUGUCUAGCCGCCAACGUCAGCUACAAGCUGCCCAUGGAUAGAAUAGUGGCGGUGUUGGGAAGCCGUUCACUCAAGUUCCUCAACUCUUGCCCUGCACCUCCAUUACUCUACUCGCUUCUCAUGCUUGUGCACUCCAGCGCUGAAUUUAACAAUGCAACUUCUUUGUGUAACUAUCUACAAGCCAUUAGUGAGCUGUUAGGGGGAGCCACCUCUUAUCUCAUCGGUGAUGUUAGUGAUGUUGAUUCUGACGACGAAGAUGAUAACUCAAUGGACUCAUCCAAACCAAUUGACCCUGUCUUACGUAAGCUAGCAGAGGAGUGUGUGUCUGUGGUGAACAGCACGGAACACGUCGGGUGGCUACUGAGUCACGUGGAGCGGCAAGUUUCUCCGGAAGUGCUGCUCCAUUUCUCCCGCCUCAUGCAUCACCUCCUGACGGUUCCGUCUCUCCAGUUUCAUGAAUGCAGCACAAGUGCCUGGUGGCGGGUGUUGUGGCGGGUUGACCGUCGGCUGUUGAGGAGCGCUUGGCACCACACCCGAUUACUGUACAGUGUUGUGGCGCGGCGUCAACUGCUGCGGGCCAUGUGGGUUGUAUUGUCUAGUUUACAGCAGGGGGCGCCCUUACCAGGAAGUAUGAACACCAUGUCUGCAGCUUUUGGAGUGCGAGGACCUCCCUUGUUACAGGUGCUGGCCCGAGGCUCACCUUUAGCUCCCUAUGAACGCGACACCCUGGUGCCCCUCCUGGCCACGUUUUGUGCUACACUCACGGCUGUUCUUUCUACACUUCAUGAUUCAGAGUUUUUAGGAGACCAUGAUGAGAACGGUGGACACCGGAAUCCCAAGGCCUACCAAAACCAGUUUCCGUUCUCUGUGGAAGAGCUCGUUAAGAUGUCGGCGAGUCUGAGGGACGUGUGUGUAGGGUUAGUGGAGCUGGCUCACCCCGACACCAGGAUGUCAGCACUUACUGACACAUCAUACAAGACCAUGUGGGCUCACUGCUUCAAGGUGUGUGUUGGAGUGCUGCGGCAGAUUCACCUACGUGACACCAGGCGUAUGUUUUGCCCCACGGGUCACUGGCUAAGUUCGCGUGUCUCACUGCCAUUAGGUAACUGUCAAACAAUAUCCUUUGUUCCACGCACCAGCCGGAGACAAAGGCGAUUGUUCAUGCCUCAGAGGUGGCUCACAAGAGAUGAAUUAGAAACUGAAGGUCCCCCACUGUCCACUACAGAGCAGCGUCGAGCCACAAUUUUACAGGAACUCCCGUUCGUCAUUCCCUUCGAGUCACGCACGCAAGUUUUCAGCACAUUGGUGGCCAGUAACAGGAGCAUGAGUCAGAUGCGUGCAGAUUUCAAUGAAGGGCCAAUGAUAAGUGUAUCUAUAAGAAGAACUCAUAUUUAUGAAGAUGCUUUUGACAAAUUGUCCCCUAGUAAUGAACCAAAUCUGCGUUUGCGCAUGAGAGUCCGUCUCAUGAACGCUGUCGGCCUAGACGAAGUCGGGAUAGACGGAGGAGGAAUCUUCCGGGAGUUUUUGUCCGAGUUGCUGAAGACCGCCUUCGACCCUACUCGAGGGUUCUUUCUCUUGACUCGAGAAAAUACUCUCUACCCAAAUCCUGGAGCUCACCACAUAGCUGAGGACUAUCAAACACACUAUUACUUCAUUGGACGAAUGUUAGGGAAGGCCUUAUAUGAGAACCUGCUGGUGGAGGUUCCGUUGGCUGGGUUUUUUGUAUCCAAGCUCCUUGGGCGAUCAUCAUCAUCAGUUGAAUUCCACCACCUGGACUCCCUAGACCCAGAGCUUUGUCGUAACCUGCUAUACCUCAAGACUUACCAAGGAGAUGUUCUAGACCUUGGGCUAGAUUUUACUGUCUUAAACUCUGACUUGGGCCAGAACACUAUUGAAGAGUUAGUUCCAAAUGGUGCCAACGUAGCAGUGACAAAUGAAAAUCGUAUUGAGUACAUCUAUCGGAUGGCGGACUACAAACUUAACAAACAAAUAGCAAAGCAAAGUCAGGCUUUCAAGAAAGGAGUGGCUGACGUUGUGCCACUAGAGUGGCUGCAGAUGUUUGACUGGAGGGAACUACAGAUGCUUAUAUCUGGAGCUUCAGUCCCUAUUGACUUGUUAGAUCUCAUGGAUAAUACCAAAUAUGGAGGUACAUACAAUACUGAUCAUCCAACAAUACAAGCAUUUUGGCAAGUUAUACGAGGAUUUGACGAGACUCAGAAACGGCAGCUACUCAAAUUUGUAACCAGUUGCUCACGUCCACCACUACUGGGAUUUAAGGAAUUACAACCAGCCUUCUGUAUCCAGCCUUCAGGUUCGGAGGAUCGCCUUCCUACUGCCUCCACGUGUAUGAACCUCCUCAAACUUCCCGAAUACAAAAAAGAACACACAUUAAGGGACAAACUUCUAUAUGCUAUAACAUCUGGUUCAGGAUUUGAGCUUUCGUAGGAUUCAUAACAAAAGUGUAUCGUGUAUCAUACAAAGUUUACUGAAUAUAUAUAUAAUAAACCAUGUUAGAAAAUGUGAA